AACAUUGUUUAUAAGUCUUGACCGUAUUGGAUUUGAUAAGUUCCCAUAGUGAAAAAAUGAGAUAAUUAUCAUUAUUGUGCCAUAGUUCGGAUGGUUGGGGUUAAAAUGCGCUCCGAGUCCUCUAAAAAAACCAUCGUCCAACUGCCACAGUUUAACGGUAUAAAGAAAAAAAUCGCCUCAAAAUAAGGAUCAUUAAGGAAUUGAUUGGGAGCAUGUUGAAAGCGGCAGGAACUACUGCGAAGAAGUUCGCGUUGAGGCGACCAGUAUUUUGCAGGGACUUUGCCUCAAAAAAGAUCAUAGCCAUUCGAAGAGAAGAUCAGAGCGUAUGGGAAAGGCGAGCCUCUUUUUCGCCCAGCCAUGUAAGAAAACUGGUGAAAAAUGGCAUCAAAGUGAUAGUGCAGCCCUCCAAUCGUCGAUCCUACCCGAUGCAGAACUAUCUGAAUGCAGGCGCUGUUGUUCAGGAGGAUAUUUCUGAAGCCAGCGUUAUAUUUGGCGUGAAGCAAGUUCCAAUCGAACAACUCAUCCCGGAGAAGACUUACUGUUUGUUUUCGCAUACUAUAAAAGCGCAGGAAUCCAACAUGGCCUUGCUGGAUGCUAUUUUGGAAAAGAGAAUCAGGUUGAUUGACUAUGAGAAGCUCAUGGAUGAGAAAGGACAGCGAGUGGUGGCGUUUGGAAAAAUGGCAGGCAUAGCAGGAAUAGUGAAUAUUCUUCACGGCUUGGGACUGCGGCUAUUGGCGUUGGGACACCACACUCCUUUCAUGCAUAUUGGUCCUGCUCACAAUUACAGGAACACCAGCAUGGCCAGACAGGCGGUUCGGGAUGCUGGAUAUGAAAUCGCUUUGGGGCUCAUGCCCAAAUCGGUGGGUCCCUUGACGUUCGUUUUUACCGGAUCUGGCAAUGUGUCGCAAGGAUCUCAAGAACUAUUCCAAGAACUUCCUCAUGAGUACGUUUCUCCGGAGAUGCUGCAAAAGGUCGCUGAACAUGGAAGCCUUAACAAGGUCUAUGGAUGUGAGGUGAGAAGGAGGCAUUACCUAGAGCGCGCCGAUGGAGGAGGUUUCGAUCGGACCGAAUACGAAGAACACCCCGAACGAUACGUGUCGACUUUCAGCAAAAAAAUCGCCUCCUACGCUUCAGUGAUAAUCAACGGCAUCUACUGGGCUGUGGACAGUCCUAAACUCCUUACAAUCCCGGAUGCAAAGCAUUUGCUGCGUCCCCCUCAUACUCCAUGGUUGCCCACUUCUAUAGGCGCCCCAGGACUUCCCCAUCGGAUGUUGGCAAUUUGCGACAUUUCGGCAGAUCCGGGCGGAUCCAUAGAGUUCAUGAACGAAUGCACCACCAUAGACACCCCAUUUUGCCUCUACGAUGCAGAUAGGAACAAAGAUACGAACAGCUUUAGUGGACCUGGAGUGCUGGUGUGCAGUAUCGACAACAUGCCCACUCAAAUCCCUAGGGAAAGCACAGAUUUCUUUGGAGACCUUCUGAUUCCAUUCACGCAGGAUAUUAUUCAGUCUAAUGCCCAGGAGCCGCUGGAGAAGCACAUUUUUAAUCCUGUUGUUCACGGGGCCAUCAUUGCUAGCAACGGAAAACUCACACCAAACUACGAAUAUAUACAUGAGCUCAGGAAGCAACACGCUGGCAGUCGCCAUAAGCAAAGCUCCGAAGAUUCUCAGAUGCAGAAGAACGUCUUAGUGCUCGGAGCCGGCCGAGUGGCAUCUCCUUUAAUCGAAUACUUGCACCGAGAUAAAACCAUUGGAAUAAGAGUGGCAAGCGAUCACAAAGACUUAGGCGAUAACCUGGCCAACACUUACCCAGGAGUGGAAAGUAUUUAUCUAAAUGCUGUUGAUGCUAAUGAGUCUUCUUUGGAGCAGUUGGUUGAAAAAGCUGAUGUGGUAGUCUCAAUUCUGCCCGCCCAUCUACAUCCGCGAAUUGCCAAGAUCUGCAUCGCUCAGAAAACGCAUAUGGUGACAGCGAGCUAUUUAAGCCAAGAAAUCAAGGAUUUGCAUCAGAAAGCUUUCAACACCGGAGUAACAAUACUCAGCGAAGUGGGACUCGAUCCUGGAAUCGACCAUCUUCUGGCUCUGGAAUGCAUUAAGGAAGCUCAAGAUUUAGGUGGGAGGAUUACGUCCUUUGAGUCGUUCUGCGGUGGGCUUCCUGCUCCAGAAUUCAGCGACAAUCCCUUGAGGUAUACAUUUUCUUGGUCACCACGCGGAGCUCUACUCAACACUCUAGCGUCCGCCAAAUAUCUGCGAAAAGGUCAAAUUGUGGAAAUCAGCGAAGGAGGAGAGCUAAUGCGAGCCACUAAAACCCUAGAUUUCCUACCUGGGUUUAACUUGGAAGGUUUCCCUAAUCGGGACAGUACCAUUUACGCCAAAGCCUACGGAAUAGAGGACGCCAACACCAUUCUCAGGGGGACCAUUAGGUACAAUGGGUUCUCCCAGUCCGCUCGUAUUCUGCAGUUUAUUGGGUUGUUGGAUCCAGCGCAGCAUCCUUCACUUCACUCCCAAGGCCCAGACAUUACAUGGAGGCAGCUGGUUUGCACUCUUUUAGGUCUGGAGGACUCCAACAUUUUCUAUGACAAUCUCACCUCUAAGAUUUCGGAGCGAACUGGAAGCGACUAUGCGGUGGAUGUCUUGGAGGAACUGGGGCUUUUAGAUGAUAGAAAUGUUGUUAAAUGUGGCUCACCUUUGGAUACCAUCACUCACUAUUUAUCCUUGAAAUUGGCUUUGGAAAAAAACGAAAGAGAUUUGGUUAUUCUCAGGCACGACAUUGGCAUCAAUUGGCCGGACAACCGGAAGGAAAUGAAAGGCGUGAACUUUGUGGUGUAUGGAGACAUUAAUGGGCACUCAGCUAUGGCCAAAACUGUCGGGUAUCCAACGGCAAUUGCAACGAAGAUGAUUUUAGAUGGUGAAAUUCAGACCAGGGGCUGCAUCCUGCCAUUUGCUUCGGAAGUAUGUCGCACAAUGCUGCAGCGACUGAGGGUGGAGGGUUUAACUGCCACCGAAACCUCCAAGUUUUUUUAAUCUCAAGGGUGAAAACUCGGGAACACUUUGAGAAAGCUCUAUUUUUUUUUAUCAAUGUUCAUGCUUGAUAAAUAAUCACUUUUGCGAAUAUAUAUUUUAUCAAUGA